AUGUAGUGCACAAGGAAAUCAAUGGAGGACAAGCUUAUGGGUUAAUCAACCCUUGGUUGCUCAGAUGCUCAAAAAGGGUCUGAAGGCACAUCAAAUGGUCAGCCUUGGAGUUAUUAGCCACCGGAAAUUAAUCCAGAUAGACAAACAAUAAAGGUUCUUUAGAACACUGUCCAUAAGCUGCUGGAAACUACAUAACUACACACACACACACACACACGCGCGCGCACAUACAUAUAGACAGCGCUAACACAGUAAAUGGAUACACACACAUUACACACAGUACAGUACAAGCAUAGUACCGGCUAUUUACAGUUUGUCACAAAUUUCAACAAGGGCACUUUAUAUGUUUAAUUUUAUUGCUCAGAUUACCACACGAGGGCAGCAAACACUUAUUUUGUGAAAUCUGUUCAUUUUUAACCUAGUGCUUUUGCACUGAUCCAGGAAAUCUGUACUGAUGAGAAGCUAACCUUCUCUUAAUCUUUAAUAUGAAAAAGAUUCGGACUAUCACAAGAGAAAUCACUCACAUAGUAGGAGUCUGGAGUAGCAAGAAAAUGUGAACUCCUUGAGUUCACUGCUUGUGAUUUUCAUGGACCAUCCCUGUAAUUUGCAGGUUAUGUUAUUAUGACUGGGAAUUCCUACAUGAACUGGAUGUACGUGUACAGAUCUGGCACAACUAGACUUUUUAUAAUGUUGAGGUUGCUUGGGGAUGCUGGAGGAUCCUUCUGGCAGGAGCUAGAGUCUGUGGCUUUGAAAGGGAGUUUGGUUUGGUGUAUUAGGUGUGCUACACGUUAGCAAGUUCAUAAUGAGUAUAUAGACAACUUCUUACAAAAAUAUGAAAUAUCUGUAGGUUUUGGAAUAAUUAAAAAUUUAUUGGUUGGUGUUUGAUUACUUUAAAGUUCAAAAAUACAAAAUAAGGGUAGAUAGAAAUCAUAUCCUCUUUAAAUCCAAAAUGACAGCCAUGUAAUUCUUAUGGUUACGCUGUCUGCUGCAUUUACCACGGGACACUGAGGAGAAAAUACGGUACUGCAGUGUUAUAUUCUGGUUGUGGCCAUACUAUGACAUGGAAUGAAAUACAGAGCGAUUAACCAGUAAAACAUCAUAAUCACAGGCCAGAACAAAGACAAGAAUGUAAGGGAAGAAGUGUAAAGCCUUCAUCUACCUUCUAUGACCAUUUAUACAACACAAAGGCAUGGUUAGCAUGAAAGAUACUCUAGAAAGUACAGGGGACAAAGACAGGGACACCCUGGAUGGAUGUCCUUCAGUCCACAUGAAAGCACACAGACACAUACACACACUGUUACAGGGGACAAAGACAGGGACACCCUGGAUGGAUGUCCUUCAGUCCACAUGAAAGCACACAGACACAUACACACACUGUUACAGGGGACAAAGACAGGGACACCCUGGAUGGAUGUCCUUCAGUCCACAUGAAAGCACACAGACACACACACUGUUACAGGGGACAAAGACAGGGACACCCUGGAUGGAUGUCCUUCAGUCCCUCUGAAAGCACACAGACACACACUGUUACAGGGGACAAAGACAGGGACACCCUGGAUGGAUGUCCUUCAGUCCACAUGAAAGCACACAGGCACACACACACACUGUUACAGGGGACAAAGACAGGGACACCCUGGAUGGAUGUCCUUCAGUCCACAUGAAAGCACACAGACACAUACACACACAUUGUUACAGGGGACAAAGACAGGGACACCCUGGAUGGAUGUCCUUCAGUCCAUCUGAAAGCACACAGACACACACACACACACUGUUACAGGGGACAAAGACAGGGACACCCUGGAUGGAUGUCCUUCAGUCCACAUGAAAGCACACAGACACAUACACACACUGUUACAGGGGACAAAGACAGGGACACCCUGGAUGGAUGUCCUUCAGUCCCUAUGAAAGCACACAGACACACACACACUGUUACAGGGGACAAAGAUAGGGACACCCUGGAUGGAUGUCCUUCAGUCCGUAUGAAAGCACACAGACACACACACACUGUUACAGGGGACAAAGACAGGGACACCCAGGAUGGAUGUCCUUCAGUCCACAUGAAAGCACACAGACACGCACACACUGUUACAGGAGACAAAGACAGGGACACCCUGGAUGGAUGUCCUUCAGUCCCUCUGAAAGCACACAGACACACACACACUGUAACAGGGGACAACGCAUAGUACUCCCUCGAAGGGAAGCCGGUCUAUCAGAAGGUAAACAGGCACCCUACUACAUUACAGUCACAAACCCUUUAAUUUCUUGUAUGUGGCUGAUUGGCUUGUGAUAGUCCUGAAGAAUAUGGUCUGAACUUUUAGUUUUAUACCCACAAGCCCUGCCUACUUCCAUAAUGUUUAUUUUCAGAUUAUCAGAAUUUGUUUUUCAAAAACUCAUUAAAUUUAAUCCAGACACUCAGUUCCAGGGCUAAUUAAAGGUGUGCAGGAGCGAAAGAAUAAUUCAUGAGAUUUGAUAGACGUUUCUCUUGCACAGACAAAACGGAGCUGCCCAAAAUACUGGAAAAGGUACAAUAGGUGUGACAUUGAUUGAAAUAUUCAUCUAAAAUACCUCGGAACUGUAAUUAUGAUCAAAUGUUCACUUUUCCCUAUGGAAAUCCUAUCUGAAGAAAAAGCAAUGAUUAAUACUGAGCUAUGCUCCAGUUAGAUUUGAGGGAUUUGUAGAAUUUACUUUGAGUCGAUGAUGAUGCCUGUGUGUGUGUGCGUGCGUGCGUGCGUAUGACUAUCCUUAUGGGGACACAAUGUUCUAUGAAGUUCUCCUCUAUAAUGCACUAUACCUUCAUAAUGCAUAAUAAUGGCUUAUACUGACCAUAAUAAUGCAUUAUAGAUGACAGCUUCAUAGAGCAUUCAUAAUACAUAAUAAUCAUGUAAUAUCCAUCCAUCCAUUUUCCAAACCGCUUAUCCUACUGGGUUGCGGGGGGUCCGGAGCCUAUCCCGGGUUCAGUAUCUUUGGUUUUCUGUUACUCUCACUUAAAUCAUAGUUCACUUUAUAUUGUAAUGUAUAUACUGUACUGUGAUGCCUAUAAUAUAUUAAUUUCAUUAGUCAUAUAAAAUUUGAGUUAAAGCAUCAUUUUAUAAACCCUCCAGACAGCUGUAAGUUGAGUGGAUAACUGAAUGGAGAAUUGAAUAAAGAAACUAACUUUAUAAAUGUCUUAUGACAGCAGCUUCUUCUGUUUAACACCUGUCAGAAAUUUAGAUGUCAGGGCAUAAUGUGCAAUUUCCCACGGAUUCAAACUGUCUGCGACCUGAAUUUGCCGUAUCCACGUCCGACUGGCUUCGUGUAAUAAUGUGCAAUCCAGUAAGGUAUGUUCACAUCUCAUAUGCUAGAGCUGCUUUGGUCCUUUUGUGGUAUGGCUUGAUUUGACUAGCGAACCUGAUUAACGAGCAAAGUGUGUAAUUAAUUAAUAUGUAACUGCCCGCCCCCCGCCCAGUGGCAUUUAAGACAGGCACCGCGUUUUUCUCUGUUCAGGGUGGACUCUCAAUGCUAUUUAUCCGAUUUAUACCAAUAAAUUACUGGCAGCCUUAACGGGCAGCCCACUUGCGGCUUCGUAAAGUUUGUGCAUACAUGGUUUAUGCUUGCUAACGGUACCGAUGGGUAACCUCAGUGAAACACCCGGUAACGUGACGAACCGGUUCGUCCAGCCGCCGUGGAGGGUCGCGCUGUGGUCCGUUGCUUAUGCGGCAGUGCUGCUGGUGUCGCUCCUCGGGAACCUGACCGUGAUCUGGAUCAUCUUGGCGCACAGGCGGAUGCGCACCAUCACCAAUUACUUUCUACUGAACCUGGCUUUCUGCGACGCCACUAUGGCUGCUUUCAACACUCUUGUGAAUUUCAUAUACGCUCUACACAACCAGUGGUACUUCGGAAACUCCUAUUGCAAGUUUCACAACUUCUUUCCUGUAGCCGCGGUGUUUGCCAGCAUCUACUCGAUGACCGCAAUUUCUGUGGAUAGGUAAGAACAUCUAAAUGAGAUGACUUUGCAUGUUUACAAAACAAUUUAUAAGAAACACACGAAUCUGUUUUAAUGGUUCCUGGAGAAAAUUGUUAGGUAGCACUUUACGUAAAGCAGUCCUCAUAAUGAGUUUAGGCACCCAUGUACAAUGCAUUAUAGAUACCAUCAUAAUACAUUACAAUGUAAUCAUAAAGUAUUAUACAAAAGACUAUGACUAUUCACAAAAAGCCAUAACACAUUAUAACAAUGUCUAUUAUGCAUUAUUGUUCUAUGAAGUUCUCCUCUAUAAUGCACUAUACCUUCAUAAUGCAUAAUAAUGGCUUCUACUGACCAUAAUAAUGCAUUAUAGAUGACAGCUUCAUAGAGCAUUCAUAAUACAUAAUAAUCAUGUAAUAUCCAUCCAUCCAUUUUCCAAACCGCUUAUCCUACUGGGUUGCGGGGGGUCCGGAGCCUAUCCCGAAAGCUAUAGGCAUGAGGCAGAGAACAACCCAGGAUGGGGGACUAGCCCAUCGCAGGGCACACUCACACACCAUUCAGUCUCACAUGCACACCUACAGGCAAUUUAGCAAGUCCAAUUAGCCUCAGCAUGUUUUUGGACUGUGGGGGGAAACCGGAGUACCCGGAGGAAACCCCACGACGACAUGGGGAGAACAUGAAAACUCCACACACAUGUAACCCAGGCGGAGACUCGAACCCGGGUCCCAGAGGUGUGAGGCAACAGUGAUAACCGCUGCAGCACUAUGCCGCCCCCAUCAUGUAAUAUGUUGUGUCUUUUUAUAAACAGUUAUAGCGGUGUUCAAAAUAAUUUCUGAAUGCUUUAUUAUACAUUAUGGAGGUAGGGCUAAUUAAAAUAUUACCAAUUAGUAUUUCUUAAUUAGAGUAUAGAAGUUGGUUGGUGCCCCACCCUGGAUUAUUCCCUGCAUUAUGCCCGUAGCACCAAGAGUAGUUUUUGGACCCUCACAUACCAGCGCAGGACCAUCGGGUAUAGAAAACGGAAGGAAGUAUAUGGAAAUCUUGCAGCAGAACAAUUGGCAGUUUGCUGGAUAAUAUGAAACAAUAGUAAUAGGUGAGGGUUUGGUGGUAAAAGCCUGCUUGGAGAAAAAUAAAACCAUAUUAAUUUUGUAUUGUGAUCUGAAGUUGGGAACCAUUAACACCGUUUUACAAAAUGUAAGGAGCUGUCAUUAUUAACAGAUUUUGUUUAUAUACUGUAUUAUUACAGCGAAUAACCACAUAUUCUGCCCAUGCUGGUUUAAGGUAUUUGGCUAUUAUUCACCCUUUGAGGCCCAGACUGUCGGCCAUGGGCACAAAGCUGCUCAUUCUUUGCAUAUGGACCAUGGCUGUCGUUUUGGCUUUUCCGCUGUGCUACUACUCCUGCACCAAGACCAGCCCAGAGCGGACACUCUGCUAUGUGGCUUGGCCACGGCACUCCCAAGACGGCUUCCUGUAUCAUAUUAUUGUGACUGUCUUGGUCUAUGUACUGCCCCUAGUGGUAAUGGCUAUCGCCUACACCAUUGUAGGAAUUAAUUUAUGGGGAGCAGAAAUUCCUGGAGACACAUCAGGAAAUUACCAGGAACAACUGAAGGCCAAGAGGAGGGUGGUGAAGAUGAUGAUUAUCGUCAUGGUAACGUUUGCCUUCUGCUGGUUGCCCUACCACAUUUACUUCAUUGCUACUGGGGUAAACAAGUUGCUGAGCCGGAGGAGGUACAUCCAGCAGGUUUACCUCUCCGUGCUGUGGCUGGCCAUGAGCUCCACCAUGUACAAUCCCAUAAUCUACUGCUACUUGAACAGUAGAUUCCGAUCUGGAUUUAAGCGUGCCUUCUGGUGGUGCCCCUUCAUCAAGGUAUCUAGCUAUGAUGACCUUGAGCUGCAUACAGGCCGCUUCAGCGCCACCCGGUGGAGCAGCACAUACACAGUGUCUCGUGUGGAAUCCAGAAUGGGGGGCAUGACCUCAGCGACCGCUCCCUUAAGACGUCAACAUUUCCAGGAGCUCCAAGAUCAGCCGUUAUGAAGCAGCUGAGGAGCAGAAGCACAAGGGCUUUGCCAAUUCCACCAUAAGUGAAGCUCAUCUUUUCCAUUAGAAAUCAGAGUCAGGAGAUGAAUGUUCCACAAACUCACAUGUCUGCUAGUGGAAGUGUACCG